AAUUCAUCUUCCCUCCCAAAGAUAAAACAGCAAACCUUCGAUGAAAUCUAUGGCGAGCCGGAAAACUUCUUAGAAAUCGAAAUCAGAGACCCUCAAACCCAUGGCUACGGCAGAGGUAUGUUUACCGAUUACGAAAUAGUCUGUAGAACAAAUAUUCCUGCCUUCAAAAAGAAAACCUCAUCCGUUAGACGUCGUUACUCAGACUUUGAAUCCUUCAAAAUCGCCCUCCAAAACGAAAGCUCUCGAGUGGUAAUACCCUCCUUGCCCCCCAAAAUCUACCUCAACAAAAACAAAUUCAACGACUUUGAAAUCGAAAAAAGAAGACAAGGCUUGGAAAAAUUUCUCAGCAUUGUCGCUGGCCACCCUCUUCUUCAAACCUCAAACUCAAAAAUCCUAACCAGCUUUAUCCAAGAUGAUAGAUGGGAAAAAAACAAGUGGUUCUAC